CCAGUCCGUUCUAAAACCGGUGAAAUUCACACUAGAGCAUAGCCGCUCCCAACAUAACAGCCACAGCCGUCAUUUGUAUUUGGGAUUUGGAUUGAAGUUGGAAAAGAUCAGGCGACAAUGGGGUCGAUCGCGGCCGAAGAAGAAAAUGGAGGCAUCCCUACCUCCUCCACUACGUCCAUCAAUUUCGGCACGCCGGAGGCCAUGAACCAGAUUCGGACCCUAACCGACGUCGGGGCAAUGACCCGCCUGCUCCACGAGUGCAUUGCCUACCAGAGGGCCCUCGACCUCGACCUCGACAACCUCCUCUCCCAGCGCUCUGAUCUCGACAAGCAGUUCCACCACCUCCAGAAGUCCGCUGAGGUCCUAGACAUCGUCUCCGCCGACUCCCAGCACAUGCUCUCCAACGUUUCCUCCACCUGCGACCUCGCUGACCACGUCAGCCGCAAGGUCCGCGAGCUCGACCUCGCCCAGUCCCGCGUCAACUCCACCCUCCACCGCAUCGACGCCGUCGUCCAGCGCUCCAACUGCAUCGACGGCGUCAGGAAGGCCCUCGAUACCGAAGACUUCGAGCUCGCCGCCAACUACGUCCAGACCUUUCUCCAGAUCGACGCCAAGUACAAGGACUCAGGAUCCGAUCAGAGGGACCAGAUGUUAGCCUCCAAGCACCAGCUCGAAGCAAUCGUGCGCAAGAAGCUCUCCGCGGCCGUUGAUCAACGCGACCACCCGACGAUCUUACGGUUCAUUCGGAUCUAUUCGCCACUUGGAUUGGAGGAUGAGGGAUUACAGGUAUACGUUGGUUACCUAAAGAAGGUGAUAGGAAUGAGAGCGAGGCUGGAGUUCGAGCACAUGGUGGAGUUAAUGGAACAGAGUAGCAAGAACCCUAACCAGACGAGCCAGGUGAAUUUCAUCUCCUGCUUAACGAAUCUGUUUAAGGACGUGGUCCUGGCAAUCGAAGAAAACGACGAGAUUCUGAGAGGUCUCUGCGGCGACGACGGGAUCGUUUACGCGAUUUGCGAGCUCCAGGAGGAGUGCGAUUCUCGAGGUUCAUUGAUCUUGAAGAAAUACAUGGAGUUCAGGAAGUUGGCCCGAUUGUCCUCGGAGAUCAAUGCACAAAACAAGAAUUUGCUUGCUGUGGGAGGAGGAUCCGAGGGUCCGGACCCGAGGGAGAUCGAAUUGUACUUGGAAGAGAUACUAUCAUUAAUGCAAUUGGGGGAGGAUUACACCGAAUUUAUGGUAUCGAAGAUCAAGGGCUUGAGUUCCGUCGAUCCGGAGGUGCUUCCGCGGGCCACUAAGGCCUUUAGGAGUGGAAGUCUUAGCAAGGUUCUUCAAGAUCUUACCGGAUUCUAUGUAAUUCUAGAGGGUUUCUUUAUGGUGGAGAAUGUGAGGAAGGCGAUCAAGAUCGAUGAGCAGGUGCCGGACAGCUUGACCACUUCCAUGGUCGAUGACGUCUUCUAUGUUCUACAGAGUUGCCUGAGGAGGGCCAUAUCCACAUCCAAUAUCAGCUCGGUCAUUGCGAUGUUGAGUGGUGCGAGUAGUUUGUUGAGCAAUGAGUAUCAUGAAGCUCUGCAACAAAAGGCGAGAGAGCCCAACCUCGGUGCUAAGCUGUUCUUGGGAGGUGUCGGCGUGCAGAAGACCGGGACAGAGAUUGCAACUGCCUUGAAUAACAUGGAUGUUAGCAGUGAGUAUGUCCUUAAGCUCAAACACGAGAUUGAGGAGCAAUGUGCUGAGGUAUUCCCAGCACCAGGCGAUAGGGAAAGAGUGAAAUCUUGUUUGUCUGAAUUGAGUGAUAUGAGCAACAUCUUCAAGCAAGCUCUGAAUGCUGGCAUGGAACAGCUUGUGGCAACCGUGACACCCAGAAUCCGUCCACUGUUAGAUAGUGUAGCAACCAUCAGCUACGAGCUGUCAGAGGUUGAAUAUGCUGAUAAUGAGAUGAAUGAUCCAUGGGUCCAGAAACUUCUUCAUGCUGUCGAGACAAACGUGGCAUGGCUUCAGCCACUAAUGACAGCCAACAACUAUGACUCGUUUGUUCAUUUAGUCAUUGACUUCAUUGUUAAGAGGCUCGAAGUGAUCAUGAUGCAGAAAAGGUUCAGUCAGCUCGGAGGCCUUCAGCUUGACAGAGAUGCAAGGGCAUUGGUAAGCCAUUUCUCUGGCAUGACUCAGAGGACUGUUAGGGAUAAGUUUGCCCGUCUUACUCAAAUGGCAACAAUCCUCAACUUGGAGAAGGUGUCUGAGAUUCUAGAUUUCUGGGGCGAGAACUCAGGACCUAUGACCUGGAGGUUAACACCAGCCGAGGUUAGGCGAGUGUUGGGUCUCAGGGUUGAUUUUAAACCCGAAGCAAUUGCUGCUCUCAAGUUGUAAUUCCCAUCUGUCUAGUCUCCCUCUUUAUCUUCACAUUCUUUUAUUCCUAUUGUUAUAUUAUUUUUUCAUAAGCUUUUGUUCGGCAGGGUGAGAUACUUUUCAAUAUUCCCUUGAUGCAUUGCCUUCAGUUCGUUUGAACCUACCAUAUUUUAACCUCAAGUGUACAAGCAUACUUAGAUUUUACAACAACUAUGAAAAUUUUACCUUACAAUUGUA